AUGUCAUAUACAAGACCAGCAGCUAAUAGUUUUUUUGAAAAGAUUCGUAGACUAUUAACUGUGAAUCCGGAAUCAAAUACAGGUGUUCCAAUUACAGGAACCUAUCGUACACCUGCUCCUGGAUCACAACCAAAAACCUAUGUACAUCCGUUGACCAAGCAUUCUGACUUAGCACAAAAUUAUUAUUUUGGUCGAGACGCUAGACGUAAUUUUCCUCGUUUAGCAGUGUAUACUCAAAAUGAUGUUGCAAAACUCAUCGCUGUAUCAAAUUUGAAAAGUAUUUCAGCAGGAGAAGGAGGAUCUAACGAAUCAACUCAGGUGACAACUAUUCCAGAAGAUUUAUCAUUGACGGAAGCAAUUGCUUUUGGGCCAGCGUUAUAUUCUCAUGAGAAGUUGCCACCUACUCCAGGACGUCCUUCAUAUAAAUGGAAGAAAUCUGAGGAUGUUGUUGAAACACAACCAGGAACUUAUUGGCCAAUAUACAAUAUAACAUAA